ACAGAAUUCUAGCAGGAUGGCCUGUCAGAAUAGUUCUAGCAGCAUUCUAGCAGGGUUCUAACAAAACCGGUUACUUUCACCGGAUUCUGCUAGAACCGGUUAUUGCAUUUGAGCUAGAAUUCUCUGAGAAUUCUCGCAAAGAUCUAGGAAGAUGAUGGCAGCGUUCUAGUAAGAAUAGUUUUGCUCUGCUAGAAUUCUGUAAGAAUCCUGCGAGAACGCCGUGACUGGGUAGAUGCUACGUUAAAAAUCACGUAACUGUUCACCACAAUGUUGCACACUCAAAAUAAUCCACACGUUGAUGCUACCUGAAAAAUCACGUAAUCCUGAUUUUCCCCUCGCUAGGCUCGUUUUACGUGACACACGUAAAAAUAAUGUGAAAGUGUACUGGCAAAAAAAUGUUUUCACGUUGAUGUUACGUGAAAAGCCUUAUGGUAUUUUUCCACUAGGGUUUUCCAUGUAGUUUUUAUGUAUUUUGAAAUGUAACUUCAACGGCACUCGAGUGCGCCAUUCGGCGAAAUUUCUACGUGAUUAUUUUAGUAUGAAAAUUGAUGGCGUUCGGUGAAGAACUGCUGCCAGACUUGUGGUCGCAAAAUUUUAUCGAAAAUGUAACAGAUGAUGUCUAGAAGAAGCAUCUUCUUUCUCGAUGGCCAUUGGCAUUCUGGCCGGUGAUAUCACCAGCGGUGACCUGAAGAACCCCUCGAAGGCGAUCCCAGGCGCAAUCUCGGUCAUCAUCCUGACGUCGAUUUCGUCCGUCGGAACGGCAAUUGUGGCCGAUAUUACUGUGGUGAAUGACGCCAUCGGAAAUGUUUCGGACUUGGCCAACGGGUCGUGGAUCUAUGCCGAUUGUGCCCCGGAGAAGUACGAGUACGGAUUACACAACUCGUUCCAGGUCAUGGAGUUGGUAUCUGGUCCAAUCAUCUACGCCGAGUACGCCGAAAAGGGUUUCUCCGCGGUCAGCAGAAUCGGCAAACUUUGACCACAUA